AGACAAAAGUUGACAUGUCAGCAACUCGCCAGUCAUAAACUAAACAAAUUUAUUGGAAUUAUUUUUAAUUUUUACUUAAUUUAUUUAAUUUUGUAUUUAAAUUAAUUAUAAUCUUCUAAAGCACCUUAACAGGAUACAAAAUCAUAAUUUAUAUUUGUUCGAAGGCUGCGCAAUUUGUUUGAAGAAAAUGAUAGAACUUCCAAGAAUAACAAGAGCCCUUAGGGCCCAUACGCAACUUGAUAAGCCACGAUGCUUGAAGCCUACAACAGACCCUACGAAACAUCUUAUUGUAAAAUCGAGGAACGUCCAAAAAUUCAAAUCGUACACAGAUAUAAGUGCAUACCUCAAACAUAAUGAACCCAAUGCAGAUAAUUUAUCAGUACUACUGGAAGAUCUGAAAGAAGCAUGUCUACAGCUGAGCAGUGAUAUGUCAGAUGAAAUGGCAGAUGAUGCAGCCGUAAUGGUGUUGAGGAUGUUCAUUGACUAUGACAUUGUCAUGCUGAAGCAUUUGAAUGAACUACGGCAGACUUUUGGUACAGUGACUAUGAAUACGGCAAAUAAAAUUUGUCAGAUAGUCACAAAAAUAUCUAGUGACAUUUCAGAAGAGACUAAAGAAUACAUUCUGAAGGAGACCAGUGAAUCUAACAAAGAGAAUGUUAAACUAUGGGGUGACCACAUUCAGAUCAACUAUAUCCCUUACAAGCCUGUGAAGAAACCCCUAGCUAAGCUCAUCAGCAAGCCUGCAACAGCUGGGGCAUUUGUUACCGAUUUCUCAAUGAAGUAUAUUAAUAAUAUUGAACAAGUAGCCAAACCUGAACCUGUUUCAAAGUUCACCAAAAGCUGGUUAGAAGUGAAAAUCAAAGAGCUUUACAACGACAGCAGUGGGAUGUCGGGCACGGACGCACUGCAAUCAAUUAUUACAUUCCUAAACUCCCCCCGAAGUAACGACGAACUUCAGAAUGAUUUGUUUGACUUGCUCGGGUUCGACAAGUUUGAGUUCAUCCAAGAGAUGCUGGUGCAUAGGCAGGAGAUCACUGAUAGCUUGAAGGCGCCGCCCCCGCAGCCCACUAUAGCCGAAUUGGCUGCUAUUCUGCCUGAAAACAAAAUGCCCCAAUAUCUUUGCCAAGUGUCAGUCCAAUCGGAACAAGAGAAACUAAUAGCAAAGUUGGUGAGGAAAGAGGAGAAGAAAGCGAAGAAUGUGAAGAAGAAUGACAAUGAAGAUCAGGAACCGGAAAUUAAUAUUGCUCAGAUGCGAGCCGCCCGCCUAGCAGAAUUGUCAAAACCGGUGGUGCCAUUUUCAUCAACAUCGAAGUCAGCUGCCAACAUAGACCCGAUUCUCCAGAAGAUAUCGUAUUUCCAGACGAAAGUCCAAUAUCCUAAUGUCUUUGAUAAAUCUAUUGAUUCCAAAAAUGCUGCCGGAUUUGUGUCCGGGUUGAAGCUGAUGUUGCCAGAGAAUGCAGUGAGGAAAGACGUGAAGGAGUACGAAGAGGUGAUCAUACCAAAGAACGAGCCCGCCCCUCUCGAAGUCGGGAACAACCGUGUCGCUGUUGGGGAUUUGGACGAGAUCGGCCAAAUGGCGUUUGAAAACAUAAAAGAACUGAACCGCAUCCAAUCAGUGGUGUUCCAAACAGCAUACAACACUAAUGAGAACCUGCUGAUAUGCGCGCCCACCGGCGCGGGCAAAACCAACAUCGCUCUGUUGACUGUGGUGCAUCAGAUCAAGCAGCACAUUGAAAAUGACGUCAUUAUGAAGAAUAAAUUCAAGAUAAUCUACAUAGCUCCAAUGAAGGCUCUCGCGUCAGAAAUGACAGCUAGCUUCGGUCGGCGGCUCAAAGGGCUCGGGAUAUCCGUGCGCGAGCUGACGGGCGACAUGAAGCUGACAAAAUCCGAAGUGCAACAGACGCAGAUGAUCGUCACCACUCCUGAAAAGUGGGACGUCGUCACUAGGAAAGGCGCCACUGACACUGAAUUGGCCUCUAUCGUAAAGCUGUUAAUCAUCGAUGAAGUCCAUCUCCUCCACGGCGACAGAGGGCCUAUAGUGGAAGCUAUUGUGGCCAGGACCUUGAGACAGGUGGAAACGACGCAGAAUAUGAUCAGAAUUGUGGGGCUUUCUGCUACACUGCCGAACUAUCUCGACGUUGCCAGAUUCCUCCGCGUAAACCCUAACAUCGGUCUAUUCUUCUUCGAUUCCCGCUUCCGGCCAGUGCCUUUAGAGCAACAGUUCAUCGGCGUCAAGGAAACUGGCAAAGGCGGCGGCGGCCAUCUUAGAGAAAUGCAAAUAAUGAACGACAUAUGUUACGACAAAGCUGCGGAUAUGGUCCAAAAAGGCCACCAAGUGAUGGUCUUCGUUCACGCCCGUAACGCUACACACCAAACGGCCCUGGUCCUCAAAGAAUUGGCCCAGAAGAAAGGCCAAUUAAAGUAUUUCGAGCCUGAAGACUCCGGAGGCCUCACUAAAGCCAAAAAAGCUAUAAGCACCAGCCCUAACAAAAUUUUGGGGGAGCUUUUCGCGAGUGGCUUUGCUUGCCAUCAUGCUGGCAUGUUGAGGAGUGAUAGGAACAUGGUGGAGAAGUUUUUCGCGGACGGUUACAUAAAGGUGCUGGUGUGUACCUCCACCUUGGCUUGGGGAGUCAACUUGCCUGCUCACGCCGUCAUAAUCAGGGGCACAGAGAUCUACGACCAAAGCCACGGUACAUUCGUAGACCUCAGCAUACUAGAUGUGCUGCAGAUAUUCGGCCGCGCCGGCCGCCCUCAGUUCGACUCCUCGGGGACGGGCGUCAUCAUCACCACUCACGACAAACUGACGCACUAUCUCAAGUCCAUGACCAACCAGUUCCCGAUCGAGAGCAACUUCAUUAAUCUGCUGGCUGAUAACUUGAAUGCAGAGGUCGCAUUGGGCACCGUCACGAACAUAAACGAAGCCGUUGAAUGGCUCAGUUACACGUACCUUUUUGUCAGAAUGAGGAUUAAUCCGCAAGUUUACGGACUGACGUACACGGACGUGCAAGAAGAACCGAUGUUGGAAACAAAACGCAGAGAGUUGAUCACGGCCGCGGCGAUGCAGCUGGACAAAACGCACAUGAUUCGGUACAAUGAGAGGACUGGCGAUCUCAAUAUUACAGAUCUCGGACGUAGCGCGAGCCACUAUUACAUCACGUGCGAGACGAUGGAAGUGUUCAACUCUAUGGUGCGCAAGUCUAUGACGCAGGGUGAAGUGCUGCAGAUGCUCACACGGUGCUCAGACUUCCAACAGCUCAAGGUCAGAAAAGAAGAAUUAACUGAGUUAUGGCAGCUUAAAGACCACUACUGCGAACUGCGUAUAGAAGACCCACCGGAAGAUAUACAUUGGAAGAUUAAUAUACUGCUGCAAGUGUAUCUCUCGAGGGGACGCGUCAAUGGAUCGUCAUUACAGUCCGAUCUCAAUUAUAUUAGUCAGAACGCCGUUCGGAUAGUCCGCGCGCUAUUCGAAAUAACACUCCGCAAGAACAACGCAUACAUGGCCGGGAUGUAUCUCAAGAUCGCAAAGAUGCUGGAACUCCAACUGUGGGACUUCUACAGCGACAUGAGGCAGUUCAACUGUUUUACCAUUGAGACGCUGAAACACAUUGAAUAUCCCAUGUUGAAGCCGGAUCAAAUAAGGGAGAUGGAGUGGCAGGAAUUGGGUGAUUUGAUUCGCAACCCAAAGAAUGCGCGGCACAUGAAGAAAUGCGCCGACGAGUUCCCCCUUCUAGAGAUGGAGGCCAGUCUUCACCCUAUCACCAGAACAGUGCUAAGAAUACGGCUAACUAUUACUCCCAAUUUCAAGUGGAAUGAUAAAUACCACGGCAAGGCGCCUGAAGCGUUCUGGAUAUGGGUGGAGGAUCCGGACACUGACAUCAUGUAUUACCACGAAUAUUUCCUCAUCACUAAGAAACAGGUGGUUACUAAAGAGCCCCAAGAACUGGUGAUCACUAUACCUAUAACGGAACCUCUUCCACCGCAAUAUUACAUCAGAGCAACUUCAGAAAGAUGGUUAGGUUCAGAAAGCGUGCUGCCGCUAACAUUCCAACAUUUAAUUUUGCCCGAAACACAUCCACCUCACACUGACCUGCUAGAACUACAACCGUUACCAGUGACAGCAUUAAACAACACCUCCUACGAGUUAAUAUACAACUUCACCCACUUCAACCCUAUACAGACGCAAAUUUUCCACUGUCUGUACCACACAGAUAAUAAUGUGUUAUUAGGAGCGCCUACUGGAUCGGGGAAAACGAUAGUCGCUGAGUUGGCGAUGUUUAGAGUCUUCAAUGAGUAUCCUGGAUGUAAGGUUGUGUACAUAGCGCCACUGAAGGCUCUCGUAAAAGAAAGGAUAAAAGACUGGAAAGUUAGAAUAGAAGAGAGACUCGGCAAGAGGGUCGUCGAAUUAACCGGUGACGUAUCGCCCGACAUCCGAGCUAUAAAAAGUUCCCACGUAAUCGUAACUACUCCAGAGAAAUGGGACGGGAUAAGUCGGUCAUGGCAGACAAGGAAUUAUGUACGUGAUGUGGCUUUGAUUGUAAUUGAUGAGAUUCAUCUACUGGGAGAAGAUAGAGGACCCGUUUUGGAGGUUAUUGUGUCAAGGACGAACUUCAUAGAAUCACACACGUCCCGCCGUCUGCGCAUCAUCGGGCUGUCGACAGCAUUAGCCAAUGCGAAGGACCUCGCCAACUGGCUGAAUAUUGGUGAAAUGGGACUAUACAACUUUAGGCCUUCAGUACGACCCGUGCCAUUAGAGGUGCACAUAUCAGGCCACCCCGGCCGCCAUUACUGCCCUCGAAUGAUGUCGAUGAACAAACCGACAUUCCACGCCAUCCGCACUCAUUCUCCUAAUGCGCCCACGCUGGUCUUCGUUUCCAGUAGACGGCAGACCAGAUUAACAGCCCUCGACCUAAUCGCAUAUUUAGCCGCAGAAGAGAACCCAAAACAGUGGCUCCACAUGAAAGAGGCAGAAAUGGAACAAAUUCUAGCGAACAUUCGGGAAUCUAACCUCAAAUUGACGCUAGCUUUCGGCAUCGGUAUACAUCACGCUGGCCUGCACGAAAGAGAUAGAACUACUGUUGAAGAGCUGUUUAUUAAUCAGAAGAUUCAGGUUCUAAUUUGUACAGCAACUUUGGCUUGGGGUGUGAAUUUUCCCGCUCAUUUAGUGGUGAUCAAAGGCACGGAGUACUACGAUGGCAAACAGAAGCGCUACGUUGAUAUGCCAAUCACUGACGUCUUACAAAUGAUGGGCAGAGCUGGUCGGCCGCAGUAUGACAACGAAGGCGUGGCAGUGGUGCUGGUGCACGACCAGAAAAAGAAUUUCUACAAGAAAUUCCUGUACGAACCGUUCCCAGUGGAAUCUAGUUUGCUGGAAGUGUUAGCAGACCAUUUGAAUGCCGAAAUCGUAGCUGGCACAGUCCAAACAAAACAAGACAUCCUAGAUUACUUGACCUGGACGUACUUCUUCCGCCGCCUGCUCAAGAACCCCUCGUACUACAAGCUGGAGAGCGCGGAGCCGCAACACGUGAACCGGUACCUCUCCGAUUUGGUGCAGACCAGCCUCGAUGCUUUGGCUAGUGCUGGCACCGUUGAGAUUGAGGAGGAUCAGCGUACAGUCCACUGCACAUGGCUGGGUCGCAUCGCGUCCUACUACUACCUGUCGUACAAGACCAUGGCGCACUUCAGCUACCACUUGCAGAGUAACCUGAACACUGACGCUUUAUUGAGGGUUCUCGCUGAUGCUGAGGAGUAUGCCACGUUGCCGGUGAGGCAUAAUGAAGAUAUACAGAAUGGCGAAUUGGCCCAACAAUGCCGCCUGCCCGUGGACCCGCUAUCCCUCGACUCGUCCAACGUCAAGGCGUUCUUAUUGCUACAAGCGCAUAUGACUCGCUUGCCUUUACCUAACACUGACUAUCUAACAGAUACGAAAUCCGUGCUAGAUCAAACUAUAAGGAUAUUACAGGCCAUGAUCGACACGUCAGCAGAAAACGGCUGGCUGUCCGUCUGUCUGUCCUGCCAGACAUUGAUGCAGAGCAUCGUCCAGGCGCGCUGGCCUGCAGACUCCCCCCUUACUACUUUACCCCACGUCGACUCCCAACAUUUGUACAUGUUCUCACAAAUGACUAAAGAUACCAACAAACCGUGUACAAUGUUGAAUGGACUGAAAGUUGCUUGUGCGAAGAAUUAUGAACUGCUCGCGAGGUAUAUGAGGAGGGAGUUUGAGGAGCAUCAAAUUGAGCAGAUCUAUAAAGCAAUAUGCGAUCUGCCCACAUUGGACGUGAAACUGUACGUCCGCGGCUUGUGGUUUGACGGAGAGAGCGAGCAAGACAAACAUAUAAAGCAACCGCAGAAAAGAGAUCAAUGGAUGCCCAUACACGGAGAUCAGGAAUACACCCUAGUAAUAGAAGUGAGCCGCCGCGGUGGCAACCCUAACAACGUUUUGUGUCCGCGAUUCCCCCGCGGCAAGAACGAGGGCUGGUUCCUGACUCUGGGCACCGUGGACAAUGGGGAACUCCACGCCUUGAAGAGGGCCCCUGCGAAAGGAACUGCUCAGGUCACUUUCUACACGCCUAGCUAUACAGGUCGGAUUAUCUACACCAUAUACAUAAUGAGCGACAGUUACAUGGGUUUGGACCAGCAGUACGAUUUGCAGUUCGAGCUGAUGGAACCCCUGCCACGGGAAAAUGUCGACAGAGUAUACAAUGAAGACAAGACUAUUAUAGAAUGAUCAUGUAAUAUAAUAAAUUAUUUUAUUAUUGUUA